CGCUCUCCGUGGUGCUGAACUACUUUAGCUUUGAUAUUUGGUGCACGUUAUUAUCCGAUCUUGUCCUCUUGGUGUCGCUGUAAAACAAGGUGAUGAACGCGGUCGUUCUUCCUCUGACAAAGCUUUUGUGUAGUAUAUGCAGCAGAUGAAGCGGUGGAUGGAAGGACGAGAAUCAGAGAAGAGCGUGUUUUGUUGGAAUAUCAAGUCAGUUUUCAAGUAAACGUUUAUGUUUUUAUGAUUUGAAAAAUGAUGACGGGCAAACGGCGAUGGAGUGACUAUGGCUGGACAGCUUUCCUUCUUUGUUUACUGGGUUUUUUCGGAACGCCGACCAUGGCUGAAUUGAGGUACUCGAUUCCAGAGGAGGUAAAAGAAGGGACUGUUGUAGGAAAUGUUGCCAAAGAUCUUGGUCUGGAAAGAACGGCUUUAUCUGAUCGUCGUUUCCGUGUUGUGUCUGGCUCUAAAGAUGCGUUUUUUGAGGUAAACGCGGACAAUGGCGCUUUACAAGUCCAUAAGAAAAUCGACAGGGAGGAGCUCUGUCACGGAAACAAUGCGUGUGUAAUGGAGCUUAAAAUCCUGGUCGAAAAUCCUUUGGAAAUGCACCAUGUUGUAAUAGAAAUUAUAGAUGUCAAUGAUCACGCACCGACAUUCUCCGAAAAAGUACAAACACUAGAAAUAGCUGAACAUUCAUCUCCGGGUACGAGAUUCGAACUGCACGCUGCUCGGGACCCGGAUGCUGGGGUUAACUCGAUCCGCACAUAUACGAUAACAUCUAAUGAAUAUUUCGAAAUCGAUAUUAGUAAAGUCGACGAAGAUAAAAUACCGUUUUUAGUUUUAAAGAAAUCGCUGGACAGAGAGCGAAAUGAUCGACAUGUGCUGUUCGUUACUGCAGUUGACGGCGGAAAGCCUCCUAAAACGGACACAUUAAAUGUCUCCGUUAUUGUUCUUGACAUUAACGACAACCGACCAGUCUUUACACAAGAUACGUAUCAAAGUGAAAUACCGGAAAAUGCACAGGUUGGCACAGUAGUAGCGCAAAUAAAUGCAACAGAUCCAGACGAAGGCAAUAAUGGAGAAAUCGAGUACAGUUUAAGUAAAACAUUAGCUCGUAAGGUUUAUGACAUUUUUGAUUUGGAUCAUUUAAGUGGAAAAAUCAGGUUAAAAGCACCUCUGGAUUAUGAGGAGUCAGAGACUUACAAACUGGAGAUUCAGGCCUCUGACAAAGGGCAGCCUCCGUUAACAGGGAGGUGUCGAGUUAUUAUCAAGCUUAAAGAUGUUAAUGACAAUUCGCCCGAAAUUGAAGUCACAUCACUGUCAAAUACAGUGUCUGAGGAUGCAAAUCCCGGUACAGUCAUUUCACUAUUGAGUGUAAUGGACAAGGACUCUGGAGCGAACGGAAAAGUUGACUUACGCAUCACUGAUGACGUCCCGUUUGAGUUAAAGCCCUCAUAUAAAGAGAACAUAUAUUCAGUGGUAACGAAGGGGUUUCUGGACAGAGAGCAGGUGCCACAGUAUGAGAUAAUAAUAAAAGCCACAGAUCGUGGAGAGCCGCCUUUAUCUACGGUUAAACCUCUGAUUGUUCAGUUAUCUGACGUGAAUGACAAUAGUCCACAUUUUGAACAGAAUCCGUUAUACCUUUAUUUACUGGAAAGCAACGUCCCUGGAGCAAACAUAUUCGCAGUUAGUGCGACCGACAAUGACAUGAACGAAAACGCAGUUAUUUCAUAUCGCAUCAUAAGGGGUGGAAAUGAGAAUGACGUCACGACAUCUUUCCUUAAUAUAAAUUCAGACAAUGGUCAAAUAUCAGCGCAAAAGAGUUUUGAUUUUGAAAAAUUAAAAACUUUCCAG